CCACAUAUAUAUAUGACAUCAAAAUAAAUCCUGCAACCAUUUUCCUUCCAGUGAAAUCUUCAUCCAAAAUCUCAUCAAAUCUAUUCAAACAAUAUGGAAAAGCCUUCAGAGGAUAAAUAUGCCAUUCAUCAGGCUUGUCGUGAUGGUAGAAGUACGAUACCCCUCUACACCCUAAUGCACGGCCUAAUAGCAAACAAACUCUUACUAACAAGAAUCUAGUUGCCAUCGUCGAGUCUCUUCUCAAUGUACGAGAUCUCCAGAAACCCUUUGAUGGAUACUUCAGUCCAUGCAAAUAUGAGUAGUACUCACAAAUUGUAGGCUAAUCCAAAGCUCGCCUUUUUGAAAGAUGACGAUGAAAGAUUACCGAUUCACUGGGCUGUUUCACAUGGUCAUUUGGAUAUUGUCAUAUUACUCUCCAAUGUGAAGAAUUUUGAUCCCGACGUACAGGUGUGUAUAGUCUUGUACCCUUUAUCUUAUGCUCUAUGGCAUCUUGAGAAUCAUUAUUGAUACAGUGUAUAGGACGGAUCCGGAUGGACACCACUCAUGAUUGCUGUCAGCCUUAAAGAGGGCGAUGAUAUUGUGAAUCUGUUAUUGAAGAAAGAAGCGGAUGUAAAUGCUAAGAGUGAGUUUCACUCUUACUGGAUUGAAUUUUCGUUCAAAUCAUACUCACCAUCUCUUAGAUUUCAGUGACCAAGUAUGGUUUUUUAAACCUUUUUCCAUACCCCAAAGAGCUAUUAUCUAAUCAACAUUUAGACGGCCCUUCACUUUGCUACUUCCAAAAACAAUCUUCCGGUAGUCAAAGUCCUACUUUCACAAAACCCACCAGCAUCCUGUAGAGUUAAGGAUAAGCGUGGACAAUAUGCAAUUCAUCGUGCAGCAGCUAUUGGCUCCACUCCAAUAGUUGAGUUAUUGUUGAAGAAUAAAAGUCCACUAAAUCCUACGGAUGUUGCGGGGCAAACACCACUUCAUCAUGCUGUUGCUGAAGGUCAUGGUACGUCUCUCUUCAGUUCUCAAGUUCUGUAAAAAUUUGAAGUCAUCCAAGGCUGGAUUCAUUGCCGUUCUACAAGCUCAUAGCUUGCUAAAAACACACAUAUAGGUGAUACCGCAGUAGCUCUUCUAAAAGCUGGCGCAGAAACAGACAAGAAAGAUUUAGAUGGUUUUCUUGCAUUGGAACUUGCUCCUGACAGUCAGGUUAGUACUAGAUAUUCCCUUCCACUUAUGUCUUCGGGGACUAAAGACGUAUGCGUAGGUCAGGAAAUAUAUUGUCCAAUGGGCUGAGAUGGAGGGUAUUGAUUUAUAGCAUGUCGAUGGGGGAAAAUGGGUAUGACUGAUGAUGAAAUGAAGUCUGAUUGCAUCUAGCCCUCUUAUUACU